GAUAUCGUAUACUUCAAAUUUUGAUUAUUAAGAUCUAGCGGUUGGUCAAAACACCACUUGAUGCGUUGAGGAUGCAACGUGAUCUUUGCAACGGUGGGUUUGCAUGCGCCGUUGUGUGGGUGUCAUCGACCUGCCUUCUUCUUCUUCUUCUUUCGUUGUCGUCAUCGGUUGGAGCAGAGUCAUCUGUUAAGGUCAUCGCAGGCCGAUGUCCAUCAUUCGAUGAGCAGAACGUAUGCCCAUCGAGGUCACCAAUCUGUAAGGAAGAUUCCGAAUGUCAAUUGUUCAAAGAACGUUGCUGCAAAACAGCGUGUGGAUUAAGAUGCGUUAGCAGCGAGUUAUCAGGAUGCGAACAGUUGGCAUUGGCAGCUGUUAAAAGAUUCCGUGCUAUUGACAAGUGGACUGUAGCAUCGCAAUAUGUACCAAAAUGUAAUAACCAAACAGGGGAUUUUGAAAGGGUGCAGUGCGACUCGGAGAAGAAAUAUUGUUGGUGCGUGGAUAAGAAGAUUGGUAGUGAAAUUCCUGGAACGAGAGGGUCUAAUAUUAAUGAUAUUAAUUGUGACAAUCCUCGGACAUGUCCGGCACAUUCCUGUCGAAUGUUUUGCCCACUUGGAUUCGAGAUCGAUUCGAAAAGUGGGUGUUCCAAGUGUGAAUGCAAAGAUCCUUGUCGUGGUAUAACGUGUCCGGGUCCGGGUCAGAUAUGCGAAUUAAUUGAUGUACCCUGUGCACGUCCACCGUGCCCACCCGUGCCAAGUUGUCGCAAAGCGAAAUCUCUGUUCAAUGUAUGUCCGGCUGGUGAACCCUUGCAAAUCACAGAUUCCGUGAGACCAUUCCUAUGUGGUAAUACACCAGGAAAACCAAGUUGUCCACCGAUGUACAGAUGUUUGGUUGAUUCAAGACAAGAAUAUGGUGUUUGUUGUCCAUCGAGUUUUAAUCUUACUCGAACUGGUACUUGUCCGAACAAGGAACCCACGAUUUGUAGUAGAACGUGUCAACACGAUUUGGAAUGUCCGUCGCCACAAAAAUGUUGUCAGAGUGAACGGUGUGGUCGUACUUGUUCUGUACCCGAAGGUCUCAGCGUUUGUCGUCGCGAUCGCAUGUUGGCUGAAAUGUUAAGCAUUUCAGAAAAACAGGGUCGAGGUUACAUUCCGCAAUGUACUGAUGAAGGAGAAUUUCAAACUAAACAGUGUUCAAGAAAUGGUUUAGUCUGUUGGUGUGUCGAUGAUCAUGGUCAAAAAAUAUCAGGAUCUAUGGGGCCAGCUGAAAGAGUAAAUUGCACCUCGAUUGCCAAAGCAAGAUCCUUGUCAACGUCUUGCAUUCAACAGCAAUGCGCCCAAGUUUGUCAGUAUGGAUUCAAAACAGAUUCAUCCGGUUGUUCCACAUGCGAAUGCGAUAAUCCUUGCCAGGGAUUCCCGUGUCCACCCGAAGAAGAGUGUGUUCUCAAACAGGAAACAAAUUGUCCUGAUUUUCUUUGCCCUACUAAGCCGGAAUGUAAAGCUAAAAGAACUUACAAGAGCCCUUGUGUUUUUGGUACACCAAUGAGCGACGAGGAAGGUAAUGCCAUUACGUGUUCUAUCAAUCAGACUUGUCCGUACAAUUAUACAUGUACAGCGGUACCAGAAGCUGGACAAUCAGUCUGUUGUGCGAUGUCGACGACUGUUAUCAAACCGGUAUCAAUGUGCGAAUAUCUUCGAGAUUUUGGUGAACGAAUGGAAGGUACGCGAGAAGGAAUGUUCUUGGCUGUUCCACCACCGCAAUGCGAUAAAAAUGGUUUUUACAAGCCCUUGCAGUGUCAUAACGGUACUUGCGCUUGUGUGAAUCGUCACGGAAUAAUUUUACGAGGUAGUGUUAGUCCAGAAACCGAUUGCAAAAGCGUAAAGAAUUCUUGGCAAGUUUGCAAUACGAUAUCGUGCGACUUGGUAUGUCCUUACGGUUAUGAAAUCGAUUCGGAUGGUUGUGAAACAUGUAAUUGUCACGAUCCAUGUAAAAACGUGUCAUGUGGUUCACGGGAAGUUUGCACAAUGGUUGAUGUCAAUUGCGGCCCGGGAGAAUAUUGUCCACCUGUGCCAGCUUGUCUUACAACCAAACCUGGACAAUGUCCAUACUUGGUACCAAGUUCGUCGAGCUGUGAAUUAGAAUGUAGUACCGAUCAGGAGUGUUCGGGUUCGGAAAAAUGUUGUUCGACGGGUUGCGGUACGCAAUGCGUAGCACCAGUCAUGGCCACUGCUUGUCAACAUGCACAGGCUGUUGCCGAGCAUGCUGCUAGAGAGUCUGGAGAACCAGCUCGAAGAAUUUAUAUACCAAGAUGUGAUGUCAAUGGUGCAUUCGAGGCAGUACAAUGUCACAAUGGUAUGUGUUGGUGUGUUGAUGAGGAAGGAAGAGAAGCUGCAGGUACACGGGUCCUCGAAGGGAUUGUACCAAAAUGUAAUAAACCUCAAAGGUGUCCAGAAAUCGAUUGCAAACUCGAUUGUCCGGAAGGUUUCGAGUUAGAUCUUGACAGUGGUUGUCCUACUUGUUCCUGUAGAGAUUUGUGUAAAAAAGUAAUUUGUCUUGGAGAAAAUGAAGCUUGUAGAAUGGUCGAAGUUGCUUGCAGUAUACCACCGUGCCCACCUGUACCAGUUUGUUUACCGAAAAAAGAUAAUCCUUGUCCAAAUGGUACACCCCUUUUGGAUCAAAAUAGAUCACCGGCUAUUUGUGGUCCUCACGGGCACCAAUGUCCAUCCACGCACAAAUGUGAGUUAUCUCCGUUAGACGAAUACGCUGUUUGUUGUCCCAAACCGCGAGAGGUUUGUUUCGAACCUUUACGAAUUGUACCAUGCAAUUCAACGACAAUGCCCAAUGGAACAGAAAGAUGGUACUUUGAUCCAGAAAAAAACGAAUGCAAAAAAAAAACGGAAUGUACUCACGGCCAUAAUGACUUCAAUGACUUCUCAAGUCGUUUGGAAUGCGACACUGUUUGUCCUGUUUUGUCACAAUGCGAAAGAUUACGAGAGAAAAAUUUAAAAACUUCUCAAAGAUUAAAACAAUCUACUUUCUUACCAAGAUGCAAUCAAGACACUGGUAUGUGGGAACCUGUUCAAUGUUUGGAACACGUCGGUGUUUGCUGGUGUGUUAAUAGAAAAGGACAACCUAUGAAAGGAUCACUUAUAAGAGGACACGAACCAAAAUGCAAUUUCAGACAAGCCAGGCGUGGUGGUAGAGGUCCUGGUAAUCAAGAAAUAGAUUAUAAUAUUCAAGCAUUUAUGGAUGGCACUUUGUUCGAGUUGUUAGAGACUGAUGAAAAACAAGUUAACAGAAUUUUUGGCACCAGAUGUCAAGCUAUGAGGGAAAGGGGUCAUGUUUCAGCUAUUUGUGAUCGUCAAGGUAAAUUUGAACCCACGCAAUGUGCUGGAGAUACUUGUUGGUGUGUCGACGAGGCUGGAAAUCAAUUGGUUGGCUCUGAACCAUUUUUGAAAGGAUCUAAUAUUUGUUUACCAACACCGAUCGAGUCGGUAGAAGUGAUUUUACGUUUUCCCGGAAGAUUCGUAAUAACGGACAAAGUUACUUUUAGAAGUGAAGCAAGACAAUUCUUGUACGAGUUAGGGGCAAGAUUAAAGGACGAUAUUGAAGUGGAUAUCGAACGGGAUUCGGCAUUUUUGAAAUUCGAAAUAAUCGGUGGGAACAAGGUCGACAUAGCUUUUCAUUUGGAAGAAUUGACAAGGAUGCAGAAACUUUUAAUGCUUGGGUCAUUGGCCGAUGAAACAACUUCACGUUUCACACAUAAAUCUAUGCCAGUCGCUGUGGAAAACAGGAUCGUUGCGUUAGAGCAACGGGAGAUUCUAACGGAAGUUGAAGCACCCGUUUAUCAAACGGCCACACUUGUUCUGGCUGCGGCCAGCGCCUUUGUUAUCAGCAGCUUGAUAAUACUUUUAAUGUUGUAUCGAAAAAAGAUGAAAAUGAAGGAUCCAAGCAAAACAUUGCCGAUGGAUCAGCAUUUCCUUGCCUACAGUCAACAACCCGUUUACGUGAUUUCUGGUCUGGAAAAAGAUGAGAAGGAUGCAGGACAAUUACAUGAAAAUAUUCAGCUCCCUAAAACAGCUGAUAAAGCAUGAACGAUUUUAUAGAUAAAAUGUAAUUAUUUCUAAUCAAUUUUUCAAUCGUUCAUGAUUCGACUAGGAUUUAAAUAUCAUCCCUCAUACUACGGAAGUCUUAACUAUUCUCAUUCGUUUCAUGAUUUGUCAUAAAAUAUUUAUUCAAUAUACUAUACUAUAUAUCUAUAUAUUGUAUAUACAGCGAUUAGUAUAAUCGCCGAUCGACCAACUUCAAGAAUGGAAUUUUUAAGAAUGUUUGUAAAAAUUAGUCAUAAUAAUUUACAAACAUUAAACUGAUACAUAUCAAAUGGAUUUGAUCGAUCGUUAAAUACCGUAAGAGAGCUGAGGAUUUUUAUCUUUUCAUUUUUAUCAUCUUCCUUUCGAAAUGAUCAAUGAAAAGAUGAUUUCUAUCGUGAAAACGAUUCAAUGAUAUCGUUGCAUUGAUAUACACUAAUGUAAAUAUUAGAUCUUCGAUUAUU